AUGUAAAACAAGAAAUUAAAAUGGAAAUCAGAUUUUGAAAAGUCUGUUAUAAUUGAAAACUUUGUGAAUAGAGGAUGGAUCAAAUCCCAAGAGAAGGAAGAGGAGUCAACCGAUUGGAAUGUCUAUUGGGCAACUGUGUGGAAUGUUCGUAACAUCUUUAAUCCCAAGAAUGGGUUCAGACUCAAUGAUCAAGUAUUCUCAAUUAAAUAUGACAGCAAAUCAUCAAUCACUUUCCAAAUCAUUACGAACUGACACGCAAAGAUUGUAUGGUCAAGAACCUCAAACGAUUUAAAAGAGAAUAAGACAAGGAAGUAUUGGAAACAUUCAAUUUUGACUUUUUGCCAACCACUUACAUUUUCCCUGGAGAAUAUUCCCUGUUUGUAGAAGAAUUCCAUCGAAAUCCAAAUCAGACUUGGAUUGUUAAACCAGCAGCUAGAAGUCAAGGCAAAGGGAUAUUUUUGUUAAGGAAAAUAUAACAAUUGAAAAAAAUAUCAGGAACAACAGUUACCAGCAAUAUGACUCAAUUAAAUCUGGCAUCAAAGGAGAAUUAUGUAGUCUCUAGAUACAUUGAUAACCCCUUGUUGAUUGGAGGAAAGAAAUUCGAUUUGAGAAUGUAUGUGCUAGUUACAAAUUACAAACCACUAAAAGUUUGGAUCUAUAAUAAAGGAUUCGGUAGAUUCUGCAAUGAACAAUACACUACGGAUGUUGCUGAAAUUGAAAACAUGUUUGUGCAUCUUACCAAUGUGGCCAUUCAAUAAUACAGUGACAAGUAUUCCCAGAAACAUGGAGGGAAAUACUCAAUUGAUGCACUCAAACUAUAUGUGGAAUCUGCCUAUGGGACUGAUGCAUUAUAGAGAAUGAUGGAUGAUAUUCAUAACAUCAUGUUAACCUCAUUGAAAGUAAUAUUAAUAAUAUUAUUAUUAUAGUCUGUAUAAGCUGUGAUAUAGAAUGACAAGCAUUGCUUUGAAAUGUAUGGUUAUGAUAUUCUACUUGAUUCAAAUCUUAAGCCAUGGCUCAUUGAAAUCAAUGCCAGUCCAUCCUUGACUACUACGACUCCUGUUGAUAAAAAUCUAAAAAUGAAUCUCAUCAAUGAUGUCUACAAUAUAGUACUACCAAAUGACGAUUUCCCUGACAAUGAAUAGAAAUGUAAUCAUAUAUUUUAUGUAUAUUAUAGAACAACAACCUACCAAGGUGGGAGGAUUCACCCUUUUGUAUGAUGAGAGUCUAGAUCCCAAUAACAGGAAGACUUAAAAAAGGUAGAGUGUUAAAAUAUGGAAAUGA